AUGCCUCGCGAUCCGCUCAUCGGCCUCGUUGGCAAGCCAUCAUCCGGCAAAUCGACUACUCUGAACAGUUUGACAGAUGCUACCUCCAAAGUCGGUAACUUUCCAUUUACGACCAUCGACCCCCAGCGUGCCAUCGGCUACCUUCAAAUUGAAUGCCCCUGCGCCCGCCUCAACCUCGCCGACCGUUGCAAACCCAACUACGGCGGCUGUGUCGAAGGACGGCGAUCCGUUCCUAUAGAACUUCUUGAUGUUGCUGGUCUCGUGCCAGGCGCACACAUGGGCAAAGGUCUCGGAAAUAGGUUCCUGGACGACUUGCGACAUGCAGAUGCACUGGUACAUGUAGUGGACGUGAGCGGGACGACCGACGCAGAAGGCAAGGCGACAAGAGGUUACGACCCAAGUCAGGAUAUCGUUUGGCUGAGGAGCGAGAUUGUGCGAUGGAUACAAGGCAACCUCAUGGAGAAGUGGGGCAGUAUCAAGAGGAGGCAUGUCGCUAUCAAGGCUACGGCUGUCGAGACACUACAGAACCAAUUCUCGGGUUACGGGUCAACGUCUAGUGUCGUCGCACGCUGUCUUGAUCGCCUUGCCCUCAAGGAGCCACUACAGGACUGGUCGGACGAGACCAUCGAACGAGUCGUAAACGCCUUCACUGACGAGAAGUUCCCUACUGUCAUCGCUCUCAACAAGAUCGAUCAUCCCGACGCCGACAAGAACAUAGCGAAAAUAGCGAAAACUGCGGAUCCAAAGAGUAUAGUGCUGUGUAGCGCGAUAUCUGAAGUCUUCCUGAGGAAAUUGGCGAAACAAGGCUUUAUCAAAUACACAGAGGGCAGCGAGUUUGUCGAUACAAGAGAAGAUCUGAUCGAACAGGGUGAUCCGGAUGGAGGAGGACUGAAAGAGUUGGACGAGAAGCUCAAGACACGUAUCGAAAAUCUCAAAGACAUGGUUCUUUACCGUUUCGGAAGCACGGGUGUCGUACAAGUACUGUCCCGAGCUGCAGAACUCCUUGGUCUAGUCCCAGUCUUCCCGGUCCGGAAUAUUCACACGUAUACCAGCGGUAGUGCGAGCUCGACGGCGGUGUUUAGGGACUGUGUGCUUGUUAAAAAAGGCAGUACGGUGGGCGAUGUGUACAGGAAGGUUAUGGGUGAUGCACCAAUGGCGUAUGUGGAGACUGAAGGUGGGAGGAGAGUUGCAGAGGAUGAUGUUGUCGCUGUGGGAAAGAACGACAUAUUGAGCUUCAAGGUUGGAAGGGCAUAG